AUGGCAUUUCUCGAGGACCCGCGUCUGCGCCAGCGCUGGAACCAAAUCUCCCACAACGCCGGGGAAGUUACAGAGAAUGCGGCCGCUGGUAUCUGGAGCUUUCAGCAUCACUAUAUCAACCCGUGUCUGGCCUCCAUCGCCAGCUCUUUGGAGCAAUGCGCUAAUCCCUGCCUGGGUGACCACGAAGAACGAGCAAGGAAACGACGAGAACGAGACCGCGCAGGUGGCCGGGCCGAAUACAGUUUCGACUUUUACGACGACUGGUACGCAGAGGAUCAGGACGGCGGUUUUCUGGGGGGCUGGGGGAACGACGACUGGGAUCGUCUGCUCGCGGGCACUGGAUCACAACGAAAGCAUGUGGGCGAGGUACACGACCAGCCCAAGAGAAAACGAGGAAUGAGCUACGGCACCCGGGGUAGAGGGAGCAAAGUGUUGGAGUCCGACCCGACCGUCAUCCCCAGCACGCAACCCAUCGGGUUUCUAGGCAAGCUGCCGUGGAAGCUGGGCAAGACACUCCGCUACAAGCCCAGCGCGGCGGAUCUGCAAGACCACCCGCGGCAACACGGCGAGAUGGGAAUAGGCGAGACGGAGCCUCUUCUUGGGGUUGAUUCUGAUGACGACGUGUUCCACAGCCAGACCGCCAAGACUAGAAAUCGAAGUGGGACGACGGGGUCCGGCGUAUCGUCGGACUCUUAUCGAUCGCGGGGUGAUCUGUUCCCAAGUGAUGGGGAGGGCGAGGAAGACGCAGUGCCGCUGGAUGACGAGUUUAUGGUCCUGGACAAGGUUCGGGAUGACCGCAGCAGCAGCCGGACGAAAGCUAGCAAGGGCAAGCGGCGCGCAGACAGUCGGCCAAUGUCAAGGACGGUGUCACGAGCCACCAUCGAUUCAACCCAUUCGAUGCUUAGUCCAGGGGCGCCGAGAGGUUCGAUAAGCAUACCAACAAUGCCCGACACUCCGAUGGCACUGUCAAUGGAAGCUUCGAUGGAGGAGCUACAGAUGGAGGAGGAGCGCAUCCGGAGAGAGGAAGACGAAGAGGUAGAACGCAAGCGACAGGCCGCAUUGCAGCUUGCAUCCGAACGGGGGCUUCACGAUGGCUCUGAGGGCGGCACAGCCGAGGAGUCGCAACUCAAGGUCGCCCUGCAAGUGACGACGACGAAGUCUAUAGAAGAAAUGACGCGUAUAUCCGAAACAGAGGGUAUACAGGGCGAAGCGCCGGUGAUCCGGUCAACGCAGGAAUCGACUAUACCGACCGCGGAGUUUGUACCCGCGCGGUUACCAAGUUUUCGGUAG